CAGCCGCCUAGUGUAUCUCCAUCUCCUGUCCAGAGUCUGAGACUUGCCCAUCUUCGCCCACAAAUAUCCCAGUCACCCCCGAGCCACCAGCCCGCUCCACACCCCACAUAAACAACAAUGACAGAGAGCAACUACGACUAUCUAUUCAAGGUCGUCCUUAUUGGUGACUCUGGUGUCGGUAAAUCUAAUUUGCUCUCUCGAUUCACCCGAAACGAAUUCAACCUCGAGUCCAAGUCCACCAUCGGCGUCGAGUUUGCUACCAGGAGUAUCAAUGUGGAUAGCAAGACAGUCAAGGCCCAGAUCUGGGAUACUGCCGGACAAGAACGAUACAGAGCUAUCACUUCCGCCUACUACAGAGGAGCUGUUGGUGCCCUCUUGGUGUACGACAUUGCCAAGCACCAGACCUACGAGAACGUUCAGCGAUGGCUCAAGGAGCUCAGGGACCAUGCCGACGCAAACAUCGUCAUUAUGUUGGUAGGAAACAAAAGCGAUUUGAAGCACCUGAGAGCGGUAUCUACAGACGAGGCCAAGCAAUUCGCUGCCGAGAACGGACUCUCAUUCAUCGAGACAUCUGCCUUGGACGCGUCAAAUGUCGAGUCUGCUUUCCAAAACAUUCUCACUGAGAUCUACCGGAUCGUCUCUUCCAAAUCCCUCGAGUCCUCUGGCGAUGUCAUCAAGCCCUCGGGUGGCGAAACCAUCCUGGUCACCCCCACAGCCGACGAUGGCGGUGCCAAGGCCGGCGGCAAGUGCUGUUAGCAGGCUCUCAGCGGUGCGGGUUCUGUGUGAGCGUUGAGGAGGUUGUAUGUAACACGGCGGACUGUGGAGCGCCCGAGAAGGACAAGGGGGGAGGACCAGGAGCAGAUAGUGGCUUGUGGCUCUUUGUGUAUGGGCCUGUUAUGAUGGCUUGUUCUCUCUCCCAGCACGAUUUUAGUUCUCCAUCUUGCGUUUCUACUCUUUUGACUAUGGCAAACAGAUGUAACUCUUACAAUAGA